GAAGUUAGUUACCGAGGACCUUGGCUGCCGCGGUAGAGGCCAGCACCCUCUGAGGAGUCGCGGCCCGCCAGGACCGGUGAAUGGUCAGCCUGGACGCCAGUGGAGCUGUGAUGUCAUCGAUGUGGGUAGUCCCUCCAACGGGGCAGAUAGCCGCCCUUGUACACCUCAUGCCAUUCUAGUCCAUGCAUGCCACAAAGCCUCCGAAAAAAGAUCCACCCAGUGAGCCAGAGGCCUUUCUCUAAGUCUUUUUGCAUCACUCAAUUUAUCCCUUAUUCCGAAUUGUUGAUGAAAUAAGGAAUAAAUGAAUGAAUAAAUAAGGCAAACCAAUCCUUAAAGAUACACAGAUGAACCCAAGCAGCCACAUCUGAUGGGAGAAGAGAUGUUGAAGGUCCCAGACAACAGAUAAUGAAACAUACUUCCCUCCACUCAAUAUAGAGGGAGGCCACAGAGAUAUCACGUCCAAGGAGGAGUAUGGUCUGUGAUACCAGACAUCCUCCCUUCAUGGGAGAUUAAACAUGAUGUGGUCACAGACCUAACCACCUGAACUGUGUAACAAAAAGACCCUGUUGACAGGAGUCCCAGGAGCCCUGAGAUGGCCACAAAAAUGAAGAAAGGCCUGAAAAGCUCGAUUGAUGAUAUGCUUGGUGACCUUUUGGAUGAUGACACUAUACAACCUGAGAAGCCCCUCCAACAAGUUGCAAAUACCAGGGAUAUCCUAGGAUCAUCUCAGGGCUUUUCUUCGAGGGCCAGAAAAAAGUCCAUUCUGGAAGAUGACUUCUUCAACACCAUGGCAGCCCAGGCAGGUGCAGAUGCUGAGUUUUCUGAUAUCUCAGAUGCAGACCCACAGGCUUUGCUACAGUCUCUGAAGGAUAUGGAUGACAUGGAUGCUGAUCUCUUAGGCCUGAAGAAGUCUAACCUAACUAGUAAUAAGACAGCUGCAAAAGGUUCCGGAAAAGAGGAGUUUCCUGGUGAUUUCUCUAGAUCUACAGGAAAACUAAUAGCCAAUGAGAGAGGAGAGAACACUUCCACCAAGAAGCCUGUGCCUUUGACUGGGAGCGCCGGGCGCCCAUACAAGAAGUUUUCCUUUGAUGAUUUGGAGGACCCCUUGGCAGGGCUUCUCUCUGAUGAAGAGGAAAGAACUGCCAAGAAGCCACCUGUGAAUGAGAGUACAACAGUCCCUGAGAAGAGCACUACCAUAGUUAAAAAUCAAGGUACCUCUCUUUCUUCAACUCCUGGUGACACUCCCAUUCAAAAGAAGGAGGAGUUGAAGUUUGAUGAUGGGGAUGACCUCAUGGCCACCCUUGGGUUUGGAGACAGUCCGAAGGCAGAGCGGAAGCAGGAAAAGGGCGUCCAGGAUGGGCCCCGUCCUGCUCGAACUAAACUGGAUGAGCUACUGGGACGAGGAACUGCCUCCAAACUCCUGGAGAGACCAAGCACUGGGGAGCUCCGGGAGUUCAGGCUGGAUAAGAAGUACCAAAAACAGCCUGACAAAGAAGAUCCCUGGGGAGAUGAUGACUUUGCCUUUGGAGCCUACCAGCCCACAGUGGCUUCCUCCUCUGAGAGCCGACAGUCCCGCCGGCAGUCUGUCAGCAGGUUCUCAGCAGAGAGUCUCACCAAUCCCAAGGGAGAGCAAUGCUCCAAACAGAGUACACCAGCCACAGCCAGCCCUGCUCAUACUGGGAAGGGAGGAGCUGACUGGUUGGGCCUCAAGGAUGAGGACUUUGACAUGCUCCCUCCAUCUCCCUCCAAAGUAUCCAGCAGAGCUGGCUCAGCAGUGGCUACACCUUCAGGACCUAGUCCUGCAGCCCGGCACUCUGCUCCGGCUAGUCUGCCUGGAUCGGGAAUGAAGCCAUCUGCCAAUGCUACAACUCUCCCAUGCAAACCCAGCCUGUCUCCCAGUCGAGGAACAUCAGAGGAAAAACCAGAGGAGGAUUGGCUAAGCCAUGCCUUGUCUCGGAAAAAAUCUCAGAAUUUAGCUAAAGAGGAGCAGUCUGGGACUUCUAAAGGCCUGAGCCCUACCAAAACAUCAGAUCUUCUCUUCGUCAGUCAACCUGUUGCAGGUACUCAAGGACCCGAGCAAACAGCUGCCAGAGGAGCCCCAGGGACAGAACUGGAAGAUGCACCUGCCUGUCCCAGGGGCAGUGGGGUUCCCCAGAGUGAUGCCCACCCCAAGACACCGGCUACCCUUGUACUUCCUGCAGCUGAACCGAAGAGAGACGCUCUUCCUGGAGAAGGUGCUAGCACUAACCUUGCAGUUUGUUUCCGGAGAUCCCAAGAACUAACAGGGACUUCCAUGCCCGUACAGGGCCUACUUCCAGAGAGCUUGGCCCUGAGUUUGCUGCCAGGAGGAGAGUAUCAGAAGAGGAUCCUGGCUGCGCAGGCCCAGCUGCAAUGUGGCACAGCAGAACUUCAAGAGGAGCUGUUAAAAAGUCAGGCCCGACAGGCAGAACUGGAGACCCAGGUACGGAAGCUGGAGCUAGAGAAAACUCAGCAGCACAUCUUGCUUGAAAGUUUACAACAACGGCACCAGGCAGACUUGGAGCUCAUUGAGAGUGCACAUAGGAGCCGGAUCAAGGUGCUGGAGACAUCGUACCAGCAGCGAGAAGAGCGACUGCAGAGGGAGAACGAGCAGCUGACGGCUCAGUAUCUGUCUCACUGCCAGGAAGCCGAGAAGGCCCGAACUGAGCUUCAGGCACAACAUCAGCGACGCCUUGCUGCUGCCGAGCAGGAGAAGGACCAGGAGAUGGAGAGGCUCCAGAGCUUGCAGAGGGCAUCCAUCCUAGAGAUACGAAAAGACCACGAGGAGCAGCUACAAAGAUUGAAGCGACUGAAAGACCGGGAGAUUGAUGCCGUUACAAGUGCUACUUCCCAUACCCGGUCCCUCAAUGGGGUUAUUGAACAAAUGGAGAAGUUUUCCUUCAGCCUUAAUGAGCUCUCGUCUCGUGUGGAAGCCACUCACCAUACCAACUCCCAAGAGCUAGAGAUAGGGGCCCGUCAGCGUGAUAAGCAACUCCAAGCUCUGCAGGAAAGGUUGACUCUGCAGCAGCGGGACAUGGAAGGUGAGAGGAACAGACUACAUGAGAUCAUUGGGAAGAUGGAGGCCCGACUGAAUGAGCAGAGCCGUCUCCUAGAGCAGGAACGCUGGAGAAUGAGUGCUGAGCAGUCCAAGGCAGAGUCCACACAGCGUUCCCUGGAGGAGCAGAGGAGGGUCAUGACUCAGCAGCUCAGCAUGGAGCGGGAGGAGCUGGAGAGGGCCAAGAAUGCUUUACUGGAAGAGCAGAAAUCAGUCAUGCACAAGUGUGCAGAGGAGGGACGGCGGCUGGCUGCAGAGUGGGCUGAUUUCUAUGCCCAACAAAAGCUAAGCAAAGAGCGGGCAGAACGUGAGGCUGAGCGUGUCCUGCAGGUGGACUCACAGAGAGAGGGUACAAUCGUCAGUCUGGCCAAGGAACAGGCAGAGUUGAAGAUCAGAGCGAAUGAGCUGCGACUUCAGGAGGAACAGUUGGCCGGCGAGCGGGAAAUUCUGGAGCGGGAACGGCAAGAACUGAGGCUGGAGAAGGAAAAGGUCAACGCAGCUGCCCUGCGCAUCAAGCUCCGAGCCCAGGAAGUUGAGAGCAUGAGCAAGGUGGCCUCUCAGAAGUAUGAGGAGGGAGAGAGGGCUCUUCUCGAGGCCCACAAGCUGCAGGCAGACCACCAGGCCCGACUCCAGGUUGUGCAGCAGCAGCAGGAACGACUCCGGCAGCAAGAGCAGCAGCUGCACCAGGAGAAUUUGAAUUUGGCUCAGCAGAGGCGGCAGCUGGAUCAUCUUCAACUGGAUCUUCCCUCUCCCGUUGUGGGGCUAAGCCCUGCAAUCCAGGUCCUAGAUUCUUCCAGCCUGAAUGCUAUCACCACUCCUGCCAUUGCCAUUCCUGGACGCAGCCAGCCUUUUGCAGGCCUGGGCCCUUCCCAUUUGCAUGCCAAACUGGUGUUGCUGAAACACAUGGCUGAGAAGGACCGGGACUUUCUGGAGGAUGAGAAAUUCUUCUUGGAGACACUGAAGAAAACUUCCUAUAGCAUGACACCCUAUACAGCCUGAGUAUCACUCUGGCCCUCGAGCAGGGAGGGUUCAGAUGCUGGAAUCUGUACCUACUGCAUUCUGCCAACUUGUCUGCCAACUCGCAUCUCAUGGCGUCAGCAAAGAUGGCACCACCUCAGACCGUGCCAGACUCCUCCCCCGUGCCUCUGAGGCACCCGUUGGACUUAGAUCCAUUUGCCUAAGCACAGCCACGUAUUCCUGAUCACCACAUUCAGUGUGCUAAGUUACCCAGGCAUAGAUAGCAUCAAAAGCAGUGAGUAGGGAAGAGUAGGGGACAGCUUUUCUACAUUACUGUGCUUCUCUGUUCCAUCUCAACACCUGACACUCCUUAUUGCUGGUCAAAGGAUCUGGCCAGCCUCCCUGCCUGCCAGAGCUUCAUACCACCUCGGGGCGAGAACAGGGUCAGUGUUUCUUGAUCACGUAAUAACACAACAAAGCAGGAUUCAGGGAGUAGAACCCUCAGUAAGUUUCCAUUUAAGGUCCUUCAGAUACCAUCUUAGUGAGCAAUAAGAGCCCUUACUCAGCUUGGGGAAGGAGGGGCUAGCACAGGGGCUCUGGAUCCUAAUGCUCUCACAGUAGCUGGAGUCUCCCAAAAUGAUUUCGGUUGUGCUCUUUAGACAGUCUUGUGACAGGGCUGGUUUUUCCCAGAGAAGCAGGAGCAGAGCCUUGUGCCCUCAGAGAAUUGAAGAGCAGCUGACAGGGCUGACACAAGGCAUCCUGCCUGAUAGGAAACAGUCCUCCCCCAAAUCUUUAGACACCUGGCCCUGGGGUAGCCUGGAGCAGGCAUGCACGGUUUCUACUGAGAUUUAAACAAACUUCCGGUUUCACCAGCCACUGUUGCACACAAGUCCAUUCGUUCUCUUUGUUCCCCAAGCCUGCUGGGCGAAUGGGCUGUCAGCUGGAGCACUCAGCCCUGCAGCUGUGUGCAGGGGGGACCAGGGAGCUAGGGAAGGAAUGCCGCCCAUUUGUGUUGCCUACCCUCGAGCCAAGGCCAUGGGGAAAAUGAAGACAGACGGCACCAGAUGUCACGGCUCCGUUCUGCUCCAGCUCUGAAGAGCAGCUAAUGGAAUCUACUGUGUCCAGGCCUCUGCCUUUUCAAUUUUCUAGCAUGUGGGAGAUGGGCCAAGACUGGCUAGGAAGAUGGCAAGGGAGAGGGAGGAUUAGGGGAUCAGUAAUUGUUCCAUGUGGAACCAAAGUCAAUUUAGCUCUUCAAAUAAAAUCACAGUUCUAAAACUGCUUCUACCAGUAA